UUUGAGGCGUCUAAUCAGCAAAACCACGUUGUUCUGUAAUUUUUCUACACCGAGCUGAAGCGAGGAUGGCGGACGUGAACGAUUUGUUCGAUGUGUUCGAGGUAGAAAACGACGACGAUGAAGAGUGUGGCGUGCCGAUAGUGCUGAAUACGCCGUCGUCCGCGAAGCCAAAGGAGACCGAUACCAGCGAAGGCAAGCUCGUCGGCGAAGGGUCCCGUAAGGCAAAGAGAAGUUUAGAAGGUGGUGAAACAGCAAAUUUGGUGGACUCCACGUCUAAAAAGGUUAAGUCAAACUCUACAACAACAGAUAUAGUUUUGGACAGCGAUGAUGAACCUCCUGUACCGGUAGAGAAGGUUGAGUCUCUUCUGGAUGAUAUCAAUUUGGAUAAUAUUGAGAGCCGCAUUAAGGUUCACACGAUCCAGUCGCCCGAAGCGUGCACGCACGAGGUCGCUGUGUAUCCGGAUCAAAAAUAUAUGCCUUUGGUACCUUCGGCGGGUAAACCGGCCAAGGAGUACCCCUUCGUGUUAGAUCCGUUCCAGAAGGAAGCGAUCCUGUGCAUCGAAAACAAUCAGUCGGUGCUCGUGUCCGCUCACACAUCUGCCGGUAAGACGGUGGUGGCGGAGUAUGCCAUUGCGAAGUCACUCGCGGAAAAACAGCGUGUCAUCUACACGACACCGAUCAAGGCUCUUUCUAACCAGAAGUAUCGCGAGUUCCACGAGGAGUUCAAAGACGUCGGCUUGGUGACUGGUGAUGUGACGAUCAAUCCGACCGCGUCGUGUUUGAUUAUGACCACGGAAAUCCUGCGUAAUAUGCUGUACCGUGGGUCGGAGAUUAUGCGCGAGGUGGGCUGGGUAAUUUUUGACGAAAUUCAUUACAUGCGUGACAAGGAGCGUGGUGUGGUGUGGGAGGAAACACUCAUUCUGCUACCGGAUAACGUGCACUACGUGUUCCUGUCGGCCACCAUCCCGAACGCGCGCCAGUUCGCCGAGUGGGUGUGCCACCUACACAAACAACCGUGCCACGUAGUGUACACCGACUAUCGGCCAACGCCGCUGCAGCACUAUCUCUUCCCGGUCGGUGGCGACGGCAUCCAUUUGGUGGUGGAUGAGAAGGGCCAGUUCAAGGAGGAUAACUUCAAUACGGCAAUGGGCGUACUGCAAACGGCCGGCGAGGCAGCGAAAGGUGACCAAAAAGGCAGGAAGGGUGGCCUGAAGGCGUCCAAUGCGGGUGAGACGAACAUCUUCAAGAUCGUGAAAAUGAUCAUGGAGCGUAACUUUGCGCCGGUGAUCAUCUUUUCGUUCAGCAAAAAAGAUUGCGAGAUAUUUGCGAUGCAAAUGGCCAAGCUGGACUUUAACUCGACCACGGAGAAGAAGCUGGUGGACGAGGUGUUCAACAAUGCGAUGGACGUGCUGACGGAGGAGGAUCGCCAGCUGCCGCAGGUGGAGAACGUCCUUCCACUGUUGCGCCGUGGCAUCGGUAUCCAUCACGGAGGGUUGCUGCCUAUUCUCAAGGAAACGAUCGAAAUCCUGUUCGGCGAGGGACUGAUCAAGGCGCUGUUUGCGACGGAAACGUUCGCGAUGGGGCUGAACAUGCCCGCCCGUACGGUACUGUUUACGGGGCCACGUAAGUUCGAUGGAAAAGACUUCCGGUGGGUGACGUCCGGAGAGUACAUCCAGAUGUCUGGUCGUGCCGGUCGGCGAGGCCUCGACGAUAAGGGUAUCGUGAUACUGAUGAUCGACGAGGCGGUUUCACCCACGGUGGGGAAGGAGAUCGUGCAGGGCCGGGCGGAUCCGAUCAAUUCUGCCUUCCACCUGACGUACAAUAUGGUGCUGAACUUGCUGCGCGUGGAAGAGAUCAACCCGGAGUACAUGCUCGAGCGGUCGUUCUUCCAGUUCCAGAAUCAAUCGUCCAUUCCGGAGAUCUACAAGCGCGUGCAGCAGAAGCAGCGGCAGCUGUUGGGUAUUCACAUUCGGGACGAGCAGUCGAUCGUUUCGUAUCACCACAUCCGGGAGCAGCUCGAUACGCUCGGGAAGCAGUUCCGGGAGUACAUUACGCGCCCGAUGUACCUGGUACCGUUCCUGCAGCCCGGCCGGAUGAUCAAGAUUCAGUCGGAUACUGGCGAGUUCGAGUGGGGUAUCAUCGUGAACUUCAAGAAGGAGAAUGCCGACGUCAAGCAGAACCCGCUCAAGACGGAGCAGAAGGUCAUUAUCGACGUGCUGCUGCACGUUGCCGAUGGCUUCGAGCGAGACGGCGUCCCACGGCCCUGUCCGCCGGGAAAACGUGGCUCGGUGGAGGUGGUCCCGGUGCUGCACAAGCUUGUCACGCGCAUCAGCACACUGCGGGUGUACUAUCCAAACGAUCUUCGGCCGGCGGACAAUCGGCGUUCCGUACUGAAGACGAUCGAGGAGGUCAAGAAGCGUUUCCCGCAGGGCCCACCACUGCUCAAUCCGAUCGCCGACAUGCACAUCAGGGAAAAGGACUUCCAGGAAAUCGUCGAAAUGAUCGACAAGUUCGAGAAGCGUCUGUUCGGUCACCCGCUGCACGAAGCACCCGAGCUCGAUCAAAUGUACAGCAAGUACAUGAGCAAGGUGGAGUUGGAGAAGGAGCUGCGGGCAGAAAAGAAUGCGCUCCGGGAAGCCCGUAGUCUGCUGCACAUGAGCGAACUGAAGCACCGGAAGCGUGUGCUGCGCCGACUCGGUUACUGCACGGCGGCCGACGUGAUCGAGUUCAAGGGACGCGUGGCGUGCGAACUAAGCUGCGCCGAGGAACUGCUCAUCACGGAGAUGAUCUUCAAUGGUACGUUCACCGACCUCAGCCCCGCCCAGUCGUGCUCUCUGCUCAGCUGCUUCGUGUGCGACGAGAAGAGCUCGGAAGUACCGGCGGCCACCGAGGAGCUGUCGGGUCCGCUGCGCCAAAUGCAGGACCUGGCACGCCGGAUAGCGAAGGUGUCGAACGAGUGCAAGGUGGAUGUGGACGAGGAGCGGUACGUGGACUCGUUCAAACCAUUCCUGAUGGACGUGGUGCUGUCCUGGUGCAAGGGGGCCUCAUUCUCGCAGCUGUGCAAGAUGACGGACAUUUUCGAAGGGUCCAUCAUUCGCUGCAUGCGCCGGCUGGAGGAGCUGCUGCGCCAAAUGGUGCAAGCGUCCAAGACGAUCGGUAACACGGACUUGGAGAACAAGUUCUCCGAAGCGAUCCGGUUGCUGAAGCGUGACAUUGUUUUCGCGGCCUCGCUCUACCUGUAAUGCAAGGUGGCCGACGUUAUGUUUUGUCCGCAAAGAGUGUUCGAUCCUGCAGAUAGGAAAAUCCGGUUUGUUAAACUAACGGACAUCAAACAUAACUGCGUUUGUUGCUUGGUAAGUGAAUGGAUUCGAAAACGACGAUAAAUUAAAUAAAACAAUUAAGCCGUACAAAAAUGGCUCCAGUCUAUUUCAAGAUGAAUAUUUGCGUAGAAAGAUUAGAAAGCAGUAGUAU